CUUUCAAUCAAUCAUCAAUCGAAUAUAACUUCACGAUCUUCCUUUAUGGAAAUCAUCUCCAUCAUAUAUAUCAUAUGCAAUGCAUGAAAUGCAGACUCUCCAUUUGUUAUUAAUUUGCGCGCUAAGGUCACCAUACGCCCACCCCGCUCGAGCUCAUCAUCUUAGUGGUUAUAUAAAAAAAAAAACCACAAUCUCAUCCAAUCUAGGAUUAUCAUAAAUCCUUU